ACGACAGAGAAGCCGGUUUGCUCCAUUACAGUCACUCGAGGGACCCAUCGUGGACAACAGGCCAAUCUAGCCUGGUAAGGGAUAAUGUCUAACAAUAUGGCCAAGAUUGCAGAGGCCCGUAAGACAGUGGAGCAACUUAAACUGGAAGUGAACAUUGACCGCAUGAAGGUGUCCAAGGCAGCGGCUGAUCUCCUGGCAUACUGUGAAGCCCAUGCCAAGGAGGACCCUCUGGUGACUCCAGUACCCUCUUCAGAGAACCCCUUCCGCGAGAAACGGCUCUUUUGCAUCGUGCUGUGA